GGGAGCCGAUCCCCGCACGCUGGGAGCUGGAGGGGUGGGUGCACGUCCACCCACCCAAGAGACUUCCCCGGGCCCCGCGGCAGUUCGCACCAAGACUUCACUCGAGUGCGAGCGAUGCCGAUUUGUCCGUAAUGUCAGUCCUUGUCUAAAGUCCCUCCCCGGGAGCCUGUGGCCCUGGCGACGGCGAAGUGCGCGCUCAGCCUCACUCAGUGAGAUGACUGGACGGUGCGAGGACGAGGGUAGGAAAUGACGGGAAGGGGUUUGUUCAGCUCCCAACGAGCAGGCCUAGACCUCCCAAACCAGCGGUUCUCAACCUGGGGGGCCAACCACCCUUUCACAGGGGUCGCCUAGGACCGUCGGAAAACACAUAUGAUGGUGAUUCGUAACAGCAAACUUAGUUAUGAAGUAGCAACAAAAGUGAUUUUAUGGUUGGGAGGUCACCACGACAUGAAGAACUGUAUUAAAGCGUCACGCGUCAGGAAGGUUGAGAACCACUGAGCGCUACAUAAGGUAGAGAGAACUCCUGCAGUGUUGGGAGGGACCUGGCCGGGUUGGCCCAGCGAUUAGAGCGUGGGCCCUCCACCGAAAGGGCGCGGUCCGAUGCCUAGUGAAGGGCCCUACCUGGCUUUACAGGUUCGAUCCCCAGUCCCUGUCUGUCGGGCUAGUGCGGGAGGCAACCAAUCUACACGUCUCUGACAUCGAUGUCUUUUUCCUCAUCCCUCCCUCCCACUCUAUCUAAAAGAUCAAUGGGGGAGGGGGGUAUCCUGGGGUCAUUUAGAGCCUCCUGCGAUUGGAGCGAGUUGGCAGGACAUUCCUCAACUCGGAACGCAGUUUCUGCAGAGUGCAAUUUUCCCGCCGGAGUCUGGGUCAGCUGCACCUUUCCCUAUUGCGCAGGCGCAGUGCCACUGACACAGCAUGGACGUGGUGGUUAUUCUGUGUUUGGCGGUGGUGGUCCUAGUACCGUGCGUCUUCUGGGUUUGGCACGUUUCCGAACGAAUGAAGAGUCAGGUGCAGCCUGGCCUGUUGGGAAGAGGAAGCCGGACCCUCCUAGUGAUCGCGCACCCCGACGAUGAAGCCAUGUUCUUUGCUCCCACUUUGCUAGGCUUGGGCCGCCUGAGGCACCUUGUGUUCCUGCUCUGCUUCUCUGCAGGAAAUUACUACAAUCAAGGGGAGAUUCGUAAGAAAGAACUUUUGCGGAGCUGUGAUGUUUUGGGGAUCCCACCCUCCAAUGUAAUGAUUAUUGACAACAGGGAUUUCCCAGACGACCCACGUGCGCAGUGGGACACAGAGCGUGUGGCCAGCGUCCUCCUCCGGCACAUAGAAGUGAAUGACAUUAACCUGGUGGUGACUUUCGAUGCAGGGGGAGUCAGUGGUCACAGCAAUCAUGUCGCCCUGUACACGGCUGUGAGGACCCUACACUCAGAAGGGAAGUUACCCGAAGGGUGCACAGUGCUCACGCUGCAGUCUGUGAAUGUGCUGCGCAAGUACCUCUCCCUCCUGGACCUGCCCUGCUCUCUGCUUCAGGCCCGCGAUGUCCUCUUCGUGCUCACCAGCAAGGAAGUGACACAGGCCAAGAGAGCCAUGUCCUGCCACCGCAGCCAGCUUCUCUGGUUCCGCCGGCUCUACGUGUUCUUCUCCCGGUACAUGAGAAUCAACUCUCUGCACUUCCUCUGAGGCCUGGACGCCCUUUCAGAUCCAAGCAACAAGGAGAGAAAGGACCAGGAAGCCCGGGGCCUGCUCUGGAGCUGGCUAAUCUCGCUGAGCCGCAGGAGAUCCCAGUGGAGGGUGGCCCGCAGAACUCCACUCCUCAGUGCUGGUCAGCCCCAAGGAAAGGGAGGCCAUGCAGGCCACGGACUAUCUCACCUUCAGCGUCUUCCUCUGGGAAAAACCACAACAAACAAAUCCAGACAAACCCAACGGUAAUAGUAGUUACCCUGCCAGCUUCUUCAGUUCUUGUAAAAAACAAUGUCCAUCACGGCACAGUGUGUGUCAGACACCUAGCACGGAGCCGAAGGCAGCCAGCGUCGCUUCUUAGCGAGAAAGAGGGACUGGGGACCAGAAUGAGGCUCAGAUUUAUAAUGAACAGAAACACCUGUUGGGUGGAAGGGGAGCUGGGAUCCUUGGAUUUUCUGUUAUUGGGGAUUAUUUGUCCUUUGUAUCUCCCUGCUCUCUGGAACUCAAAGUCUAGACCACAUUUAAAGAAAGAGAACAUCUGACAUCCUAAAGCUGGUUGUUUCCCCAAUACUCUGGAUCCAAAGCCAGAGAAAUGGGACAGUGCUGCCCUCAUGGCACAGAUACCGAAGCACCCAGGAAAUGCCCGUGUCUCACACAUGUGGGCAUCUCAGGCAAACCAUCAUCGUCUGCUGAUCUGGGAGAAAGUUCUCUGUUGUUAUGUCACUAAGUGGAACCACCCAAGGCCUUCUGUCAACUAGGCCAAGUGCAGAGCUGAAACUUGUGCCCAGAAG